AUGCUGGUCAUCAAGCUGACUUAUGAUGGGAACAAGUUCGACAUUCCAGGAGGGCAGACUGACUGGCGGGAGCCCGCCAUGCGCACGGCUGAGCGGGAGACCUGGGAGGAAUCCGGCUAUCGUGUGAGCAUUGGUCAGCUGUUGGCGACCGUACGCAAUGGCUUUCGCAUCUACAG